GCUUCUUCUCCUUUCCUCUUCUUACUCUUCUCCAAGGAAAGACUCUCUUCCUUCUUCUGUCUCUUUUCGUCCAUGCCAUGAACUAGCAUUUGGCCGCGAAGGCCGUGCUUCUGUUUGUUUCCACCUCUGAAUCUAUAUUCCGUUCAUUAUAACCAAUCAUCCCGGCUGCUGCUGCUGCUGCUGCUGCUGUACAAUGGCCACUUCCGCCAACCUCGACCAGCUGGUCAAGGGAUCUACUCCCUCUUCUAAUCACACUCUCUCAGCUCCUGCUCCUUCGUCCUCAUCUUCUUCCGAAAUAUCCGACUCGUCAUCCUUUGCUCCCCAAUCCUCGUUCACCGCAUCGCCCGAUCUCACCUCAUCAUCGCCAUCCCCGGCAUCCCCGCCGGAUCCGCUGUCGACCCUGCCUUCCUCCCCUCCUCAGAUCUAUCUGAACCUUCUUAUCCUCGAAAGCUCUCUACGGGCUCAAUUUCUCGCAUUACGCGAACGUCGCCGUCAAAAUACCUUUUUCCUACUUUUGCUGGCUGCCUGGAUUACCUACUUUGGUUAUGCACUGUUCCUCCGGCCGCGAGAGGAUGGCCGCGGCGUGGGCGGUUCCGUAUACUGGGUGGUUGAGAUGGGUGAGAAGGUCGCUUUGCUAGGAGGCAUCGUUACAGCGCUACUGGUCUGGGGUACUGGUCAAUGGGAGCGUGGAAUUCGCUGGCCGCGGCGCUGGCUCGCCGUCGCCAAUCGCGGCCUGCGUACCAUGAACACCAAGAUUGUGGUCAUUCGCGGGCCCUGGUGGCAGGAGCUGCUUGGCUAUUUGUCCUUCCUCUUCCCGUUUUCGACUCCGUUCUUCCCAUCGCCAACCGGGAACUUCCGCUACGUUGACCGAAAUCUGUCCGAGAAGCGCGGGGGUCGGCCGCAUUACCCGCAGUACUAUAGCAGCGUGGACGAUGAAUCGGGACUGGUGGAGGAAGACCUCAGCCCGGGAGGUGACUAUAUUAGGUUGCUCCUUUUACCCAAGUCUUUCUCUCCGGAAUUCCGCGAGAAUUGGGAUGACUACCGCGCCGAAUUCUGGGAUAAAGAAAACGAACGACGUGCGCAGCUGCGGCAGAAGCUGCACGAGCGGGAGCGUCAACAGGCACAGCAGAAUAAGAGUAGAUUCUGGUGGAUGAGUUUUGCAUGGAAGUCUUCAUCCCCUGCGUCGCCGUCGCAGCAGCGUCGACGGCCUGCAGCAACGGGAACACCCCAGCAUCAUCGCCACCACCAUAGCUCGAGCUCGAAUCCCAAAUCUGCCACCCGUCGCAGUACACGCUCGGAAUCCCAUUCGCGCACGCCCUCUCGCAGCACUACUCCCGUGGACGCGGACGAACGUCCACCCUCGCGCUCGGGCACCACCGGCCGUCCACGACGAGGAAGUACAACUCCGUCCUCCACACCGAUAGGCACUGAGCGUCGAAAGAGGAGCAAUUCCAAGACUCUUCCUUCGCAUGGGUUGUCGCCUUUAACUCAGGCCCAAAUUAGGGAGGGAGUGCCUCAGGAGAUUCGAGAAGUAGGGAAUGCAGGAUAACACUUCCUUGCGUGUGAAUAUGUACGGCCGUUUUGCCGUGCAGCCAUUGUUAUACUACUAAUAUGCUUUUUUCUUUCUUUGUAUGUUUUAUGUGCAUGUCUAGGAUCACUGAGCAGCCUGGGGUAUAUAGGCAGUUUCACUGUGACACGUUUAAUUUGAGAUAAUGGAACUAAAUAUAACAUAAUUCC